AUGAUGGAGUGUUCAUGGAAAGUCCUUGUCUUGCUAGUUUUUACAUCGUUGGGCAUUCAAUACACAGCCAUCAAGUCUCUCAGGACAACCAUGAUGUCAUCGUGUACCAAUCCGAUGGCAGAGAACCGAUGUGGCCACUUAAAAGAUAACAUCACAAGAGCAUUGUGUGAAGAUGCCAACACCCAACAAAGUAGAAAACAUAUACUGAUAUUUGCCACCGCCAGAAGUGGGUCGUCUUUUCUUGGUCAGCUGUUUAACCAAAAUCCUGAUGUCUUUUACUUGUUCGAGCCCCUUUACCUUGUCCAGUAUACACUUGCAAACAGACACCCUGCCAUAGAUAGGCGAUCCCUUCUUGGAGCCUAUAGGGACUUGCUUCAGAAUCUGUAUGAUUGUGACUUUUAUUUACUUGAGAACUAUAUCAAACCAACACCCAAGGAUCAUGUGGCAUUGUCAUUUUUUAGACAUGGAGCAAGUAACGCCUUGUGUUCACCACCUGUGUGUGAACAGUUAGAAAGACUUGAAGAAAACAUAUGCUCAAAGAAGUGCCAAAGGAUAAACUUGACUUUGGCUUCCACUGCUUGCCGGUCAUAUAAAUAUAUGGCCAUAAAGACAAUCAGGAUUCCAGAGAUUGAUCAUCUGAGGACACUUGCAGAGGACCCUCGUCUAAACCUUAAAAUUAUUCACCUGGUCAGAGACCCCAGAGCUGUCCUAGCCUCAAGGAUUAGUACUUUUGUAGACCAAUAUAGGCUUUACCAAAUUUGGAACUCAUCUGGCAAAAUGCCACAUAACAUAGACCUGAACCUCAUCAAGAACAUGUGUAUUGAUUACAGUAAGUCAGUAGAGACGGCCUUCAGUAGACCUUCUUGGCUAAAAGGCAGAUACAUGCUAAUCCGAUAUGAAGACCUUGCCAGAGAUCCAGUAAAGAAAGCCAAUGAGAUCUACAACUUUGUUGGCUUAGAAUGGAAAGACAAUCUCACUGCAUGGAUCGAGGAGAACACCAAUGCUUCUGUUCCCUCUAACGUGAACAAAUAUACGACAAACAGAAACUCAUCAGAGACUGUUGAAAAUUGGAGACUCCAUCUGCAUUUCAACAUUGUCCAAGCUGUGCAGGAUAUAUGCAAUAAAACUUUAUCCCAGUUUGGAUAUCUUUUAGUAGACUCCAUACAUCAACUGAAAAACCUCUCUCAAACCCUCAUUGAACCAAGGGUAUUUUUACCAUUUAUUUAA